AAAACAUCGUUUAUAUACUCUCCGAUAGAACCUCUUCUUCUCUCACAAUCCACACAAAAACGACACCACACCAUUUCACCGCUCUUCUUCUUCUUCUUAUUCUCUCAAACUCACACUCUUUGUAUUCACAAAUACAAACUCAAAACCAAAAACAGAGAUGGGUUUGCAAAAUCAGCUGAACGACGUGUCGUCUGAUUCAAUUCCGUUACUAGUUCUGAUGCACAUAGCCACCUGCGUCAAUUACAUCCGUUCGAUGCUUCUAACUUUCUUCCAAUCCAUCGGUCUCUCAUGUCUCCAAACCGAUCAGAUCGUCGACGACCACUUCUUAGCCGCUGUUGGAUCAGGACUCGCCGGACUCAUCAUGCUCUCCGAUCAACUCACUCUCAACAACCAAUUCUUCUACACAUACCAAGAUGCCGCUUCACCAGAUAACCACCGCUGCGUCUUUUGCCAAUCCAAUUUCCAAAACGGCGAUCAUGUUCGGAAGCUUCCUUGCCGUCACGUCUUCCACCGUCACUGUCUCAACGGUUGGUUCCAUCGGUACAACUUCAAUUGUCCUUUAUGCCGUUCAUCGCUUAUCUCCGAUGAGCGCGUGGCUCUCACUGAACGCCGUGUCGGUCGCCAACUCAUCUCAUGGUUCACACUUCGCUGAUGCGUCGUCGUUUCAGUCAUACUCACCCUCCAUUUUCCUCAAAUCCCAAUUUUACCCCUUCACUUUUUUACAGGGUCGCGGUUUUAAUUUAUUUAUUUCAUAGGGUAAAUUAGGAUAAAUUUUUCAUUUUAUCUUUUUUUACAGUAUUGAGUUUUUUUUUUAUAUAUAUAUAUAUAUAUUCUGGUGAUGGUAUUUUUUGAAGGGGUGUCUCUGGUGUUUGAGAAACCCUUUUUUGGGCUGAUGUAAAUUUUGGGCACUUUGUGUUUAUGGUUAAUAAUUGGAGACAUGAGCAAGUUUCUACAAAAUUUUCAUAAUGGAAUAGAUUAGACUUUCUUUUUUU